GCAGUGCCGACGGAUCGCGGUAGGUCCGACCAUGAACUACAACGCCAUGGGCGCGCUGAACCUGUCGGCCGGUUGCGGCUUGCAGUUCGACCCGGGCUCGUACCUGGAGCGGCUGCAGGCGCUGCCCGUCAGCUCGUCAGAGAACACCAAGCGCUUCUCAGUCAGCCAUCUGCUGGAGCUGGACAACAUGGAGCAGGGACACGCCGCCGACGAGAAGGCUGCCGACAGCGAAGAGGACGAGCUCGCCAAGGACUGUGACCAGACGGCCAAGGGCGGUGCCGUCGGCGGCGAGGCGGCGCGCAAGCGGAAGCCGCGGCGGAACCGCACCACCUUCACCUCGGCCCAGCUGGCCGCGCUCGAGCGCGUGUUCGAGCGCACCCACUACCCGGACGCGUUCGUGCGCGAGGACCUGGCGCGCCGUGUCAACCUGAGCGAGGCGCGCGUGCAGCUCGGCUUGUGA